AUAUAAACCAUUUGCAGAAAUUGCAUCUUUGAGCUAAUGAUUCUGUGAGGUACUUUCUAUUCGUCAUAUUACACCAAUUGUUUUGCUAUAUAUACGUUCAGUUACAUAUCUGUCAGCUUGCGACUCUAGCUCCAGAUUAUGCCCAAGCAUUAUUCAACACUGAAAUAAAGCUCGCCUAAGCUGCGUUAGAGUUGGCCCAUGUAUUUUAAAAUGUAAUUCAAUAAUGAAGUGAUGAAGAAACUUACCGAAAAAGUGCAUCAUGAGGAAAAGGGGCAACAUGAAGUGGUUUGGGUGAGACAAGCAGACGUGAAGGCGUCGCAAGCCCCAAUGGUAGAUGAUGCAAGGACAAUAAAAACAAAGCUUCCGAUUGUUUACUCCGAACGUUAUGGUGUUCGAUUUGCAGGCCUAGAGAAGCUGCAUCCUUUUGAUGCUGCCAAGGGGCAGCAUAUACAAAAAUUUCUGCUCGAUGACCUUGUCCUUGAAAGCGGUAAUUUUUACGAGCCCACUGAGCUAAGCAAAGAGGAGCUUCAGCGGGUGCACACACGGAAGUACCUGCGCUCCCUCAAUUGGAGCUUUAAUGUGGCCUGCAUAGCCGAGGUGCCGCCAUUGGUUUUCGUUCCCAAUUGUUACGUGCAACGCGGCUACCUGCGCCCGAUGCGCUUCCAAGCUGCUGGGUCAAUAUUGGCUGGGAAACUAGCGCUGGAUCAUGGUUGGGCCAUUAAUUUGGGCGGUGGUUUUCACCACUGUUGCGCCUCUAGAGGUGGCGGUUUUUGUCCCUACGCGGACAUUACUCUAAUGCUGGUACGUCUAUUUGAGCAGGAACCGCAUAGAGUGCGUCGUGCCAUGAUUGUGGACUUGGACGCACACCAGGGUAAUGGGCACGAGCGUGACUUUGCAGGCAAUGAGUUCGUCUAUAUUCUUGAUAUGUACAAUGCGUUCAUUUACCCGAGGGACCAUGUGGCCAAGUUAAGCAUACGAUGCGCUGUGGAGCUGAAACACCGCACUGAGGAUGCCUACUACCUUCGACAGUUGCGCAGGUGCUUGUCGCAGUCGUUGGCUGACUUCCAACCGGAUAUUGUCGUUUAUAAUGCCGGCACGGAUGUGCUGAAAGGUGACCCCUUGGGUAAUUUAGACAUUACCGCAGAAGGAGUCAUCGAACGGGAUUACAUGGUGUUCCAGACGUUCCGAUCCCGAGGUAUACCUAUUGUCAUGCUUCUUAGCGGUGGCUAUUUGAAGUCUUCGGCACGCGUCAUUGCCGGGUCCAUUGUUAAUUUAAAACGAAGCCUAUUGCUUUGAGUUGGACUGGCGUUGGAGCUCUUCGUACCUAUUACAAGAUAGAAACUGUGCUGUGAAAAGAAAUUGAAAACCUGAGAGUGAGCUCAUCAAUAUAAUACCUUUUUUACGUUAGUUAAAAUAUAUUUUCCAAAUUAUUUGAAAAGCGAUCAUUCUAUCAAAUGCAACAGCAUCCGCAUCUCUCUUAAUCUGUCACUUGAGUAAGUUUUUUGAAAAGGCAGGUUAGACGCUGAUGUAAGUGCAACUUAGUCAAACUAGCGCCUAAUGCUUAAUAUUUGUCGAUUAUGUUUAUGGUUUAUAUUUAAUUUGCCAAAAUAGAUUACAAUUGUGUUGUUAUCAAAAGAA